AUGGAGGGAGGAGGGGCACAGACGUCGUCGCCUUCGAUAAAGGUCAUGCGUAGCGAACCUGUCAGAUACUUUGCUAUCGUCGUCUUGCCAGUGCCCGUAGGUCCCGUCAGAAAGACGAUGUGCUGUUUCGGCCGCGACAGUGGUGGUGCAAAAGACAAUGGAGUGGAUGGCGUUCGGAUGAUGGAGAAGCGGAAGGACGAGGAGACUAUUGGAAGGCAAGGACUGGGACGCAGCUUUCUUCUCCUCUUCUCCCAUCUACAGGACCAGCCGAACAAGCAUCAGACAUUCCAGAACGAUAUGACUACUUACGACGAGACAGAAACAGCCACAGAACCAACACUUGGACGGCCGUUGACGAAGCUUGCCAAUGUCGAGAUCAAGAAGAAGAGCCAAUCACUCUCUACGACCGCCCCGUUUGGAUGCGGUGCUUCUGGCCACUUUGGACACCUUGCGUCAAACUCGGUCCAAUCCAAGACACCCAAUCAAGAUCACCUUAUUUCGGGGCUCAUCCGUCCCUUCCGCAACUUUGAGCCGCACAAUGGAUGGCUUCUCGGAGAAGCGACACAACAACAUCGAUGCAAGGCUCGCAAAGCGCCAGCCGCCGCCAGACAGCCCAGGUUCGAAUCCUGGAUGGACCUCAUCUCUUUUGCCAGUUCUCAGAAAUAUCUCAACCGACAACAGAUUCCUCUUUUUACAUCAUAUGUUUCCAAUCCUCCACGUUGGAUUCCAUCCGAGCGAGACCUGCUUCGUUGA